AUGUCCGACCUCGCAGGUGGGUCAGGAGGCAAGCGCGCAGGCCAACGCUUAGGACGUGAUGACCGUACCGGUGGCGACGAGCUGGCGCAUGCUGAGAUUGAAGGCCGCGGCGGUGGAAAACGCAACAGCGCCAAGGCGGCAGCGGCAAAGGGCAGUCAGGAGGGCAGACACUCGCAGGAUGUGGCCGGUGGCGACGAGCUGGCGCAUGCUGAGAUUGAAGGCCGCGGCGGUGGAAAACGCAACAGCGCCAAGGCGGCAGCGGCAAAGGGCAGUCAGGAGGGCAGACACUCGCAGGAUGUGGCCGGUGGCGACGAGCUGGCGCAUGCUGAGAUUGAAGGCCGUGGCGGUGGAAAACGCAACAGCGCCAAGGCGGCAGCGGCAAAGGACUGUCAGGGGGAAAGACACUCGCAGGAUGUGGCCGGUGGCGACGAGAUGGCGCAUGCUGAGAUUGAAGGCCGCGGCGGUGGAAAACGCAACAGCGCCAAGGCGGCAGCGGCAAAGGACUGUCAGGGGGAAAGACACUCGCAGGAUGUGGCCGGUGGCGACGAGAUGGCGCAUGCUGAGAUUGAAGGCCGCGGCGGUGGAAAACGCAACAGCGCCAAGGCGGCAGCGGCAAAGGACAGUCAAGAGGGCAGACAGUCGCAGGAUGUGGCCGGUGGCGACGAGAUGGCGCAUGCUGAGAUUGAAGGCCGCGGCGGUGGAAAACGCAACAGCGCCAAGGCGGCAGCGGCAAAGGACAGUCAGGAGGGCAGACACUCGCAGGAUGUGGCUGGUGGCGACGAGUUGGCACUGCCCGAGACAGUUUUCGAAGCAGGGAUAGCCUCCAAGCGAGGCGGUGGUGGUAUCGACCAUGACGAGGACGACCCUGCAGCAGUGACUGAUGGGAAAGAGCAGGGACAUGAAGCUGUGAUCGCGUACAAACGGCGCAAAGACGUGGACUCGGGCAGUCGCGACCGAAAAGCGAGACAAGCUCGACAAGGCCCGAAAAAGUAUGUGUCGAGCUCGUCGGGUUCGGAUGAGGGAUCCAGCGACAGUGAGUCGGGCAGCUCAUCCGGGAGUGAGGAGGUAUACGAGGACGAGGAUGAGGAGGAGGAGGAGAGCGAGGAUGGGGAGUUGGAGCCGGAGAGCGAGGAUGGGGAGGAGGCGCGGCCUUUGAAGAAGAGGAGUGGGGCUUCGAAGCGCCUGGAACACUCGGCCGCCGCAGCAGCGAAUGACGGUGGGGCAGGAGGUGUGUGGGCGAAUGCCUUGGGUGAAUGUGGCGGCGGUGUGGACGGCUCCAUGUGGGAUAUGCGGGAGAGCAUGGAAGGUGGUAACCUAUCGAAAAUGGAGCCAGCGACUAAGGAGGGGAGGGGAGAGAGCAUGGGUACUCCGGGAGCAUCCAACCUCCCCAAUCAGGCUGGCGGCAUGACAGUGGAGCAGCUCAUGCGAGAGCUUGCUCGCCGCGACCGGGAAAUUGCGGAUCUCAAGGCAAGGCCAGGAUCCAAAGGACCAGUCAAACCCUGCACACCUCCGUCCCGGCCUCCUCCUCUGGCGUCUCUGUCAAGCGGCCCAUCUGCAGGGGGCCGCAGUCCAGGCGUGGCCCCAGAAAGCCCAGUGACGGAAGACCAGCGGGUCCGUCGACCGCAUGGGAUGCCCACACCCAAGAAUUUGAGGGUGAGUGUUCUAUUAGCGGCUGUUCAUGGUGCUGGUGGUGGCGUGGGUGGCAUGUGGCGCAGUGAUAGCAGGCAGCCCGCUCUGUCAACCCCUCGCUACCCCCCUUCUUUCCACCGCUCCUCCCUCCCCUCUCCCUCCCAUCCCUCCCCUUCCUCUCACAGAGCCCCGGUUCAUGGUGCUGGUGGUGCGUGGGUGGCAUGUGGCGCAAGCCCCGGUUCAUG